AUUCCACGUUCUUCGCUCCACCGUGAAAAACCCGUCUCCGGCGCCAAAUCAUGUCCGGCAAAUCCCGCAACUUUCGCCGUCGUGGAGGCGACGACGGCGACGAUGAUGAAACCUCCGCCAAGACCACCAACGGCACCGCCGUUAAACCUACAAUCACCGCUUCCGCUUCCGCCACCAAACCCAAAAAGAAAAGUCUACUUAGUUUCGCCGACGACGAAGAUUCCGACGAUACUCCCUUCGUUCGGCCGUCCUCCAAACCCUCAUCCGCUUCUUCACGAAUCACGAAACCCUCUUCGUCAUCUUCUGCGCACAAGCUUACUUCUGGAAAAGACCGAAUUACCCCUAAACCUCCUUCAUUCACCUCCAAUGUACAACCUCAAGCUGGUACUUACACCAAGGAAGCACUCCUUGAGCUCCAGAAGAACACCAGAACCUUAGUUGGUUCUCGCUCUGCCCAACCCAAACCAGAGCCCGGGCCCCGGCCCGUUGAACCAGUUAUAGUCUUGAAAGGGCUUGUGAAACCACCAUUUAGUGUGAGUGCUCAAACUCAGCAAAAUGGGCAAGAGAGUGAAGAUGACGAAAUGGAUGUUGAUCAAUUUGGUGGUACUGUUAAUAGGUUGGGUUCAAUGGCAUUGGAAAAGGAUUCGAGGAAGAAGGAUGAUGUUGGGUCAGUAAUACCUGAUAAGAUGACUAUUGAUGCAAUAAGGGCUAAGAGGGAGAGGCUACGUCAAGCUCGGCCUGCGGCUCAGGACUUUAUAGCAUUGGAUGAAGGGGGUAAUCAUGGUGAAGCUGAGGGGUUGAGUGAUGAGGAGCCGGAGUUUCAGCAGAGAAUUGGGUUCUAUGGGGAGAAGAUUGGUAGUGGGAGAAGGGGUGUGUUUGAGGAUUUUGAGGAUAAGGCACUGCAGAAAGAUGGUGGAUUUCGUAGCGAUGAUGAUGAGGAAGAUGAGGAGGACAAAAUGUGGGAGGAAGAGCAGGUUAGAAAGGGGUUAGGAAAAAGGUUGGAUGAUGGGUCUAAUAGAGGGGUGAUGAGUAGUGUUGUAAGCAGUGCAGCUGCAGUUCAGAAUGUUCAGAAGGCGAAUUUCGGAAGUUCAGCUGUAGGAGCUAGUAUAUAUUCCUCAGUACAAAGUGUUGAUGUUUCUGAUGGUCCUACUAUUGGAGGAGGAGUGGUUGGAGGCUUGCCCAGUUUGGAUGCAUUAUCAAUUUCUAAGAAGGCCGAGGUUGCUAAGAAAGCCUUGUAUGAGAGUAUGGGAAGACUCAAAGAAUCUCAUGGCCGAACUGUGACAUCAUUGCAUAAGACUGAAGAAAAUUUAUCUGCCUCAUUGUCGAAAGUCACUACGCUGGAAAAUUCUUUGUCUGCUGCUGGUGAGAAGUACAUGUUUAUGCAAAAGCUUCGCGACUUUGUUUCUGUUAUAUGUGCGCUUUUGCAGGAUAAAGGUCCUUACAUUGAGGAACUUGAAGACCAGAUGCAGAAACUUCAUGAAGAACGAGCAGCCGCUAUCUUAGAGAGGAGAGCUGCUGAUAAUGAUGAUGAAAUGAAGGAACUUGAAGCUGCUGUAAGUGCUGCAAGACAAGUUCUAAGUAGAGGUGGGAGCAAUGCAGCAACAAUAGAAGCUGCCACAGCUGCUGCUCAGACUUCAACAGCAGCAAUGAGGAAAGGAGGAGACUUACCUGUAGAGCUAGAUGAAUUUGGUAGAGAUAAGAAUCUGCAAAAACGGAUGGAUACAACAAGAAGGGCAGAGGCUCGGAAACGAAGAAGAGUGAAAAAUGAUGUUAAAAGAAUGUCAGCUAUAAAAUGUGAUAGCUCUUAUCAGAAAAUAGAAGGAGAAUCUAGCACCGACGAAAGUGACUCUGAGAGUACAGCAUAUCAAUCAAACCGUGAUCAAUUGCUUCAGGUUUCCGAGCAGAUUUUUGGUGAUGCACACGAGGAAUACUCUCAACUGUCUGUGGUUGUUGAAAAGUUUGACAGAUGGAAGAAAGAUUAUGCCUCAAGCUAUCGUGAUGCGUAUAUGUCACUUAGUAUACCUGUUAUUUUUUCACCCUAUGUGAGACUAGAGCUUCUGAAGUGGGAUCCACUGCAUGAAAACACAGAUUUUAUGGAUAUGAACUGGCACAAUUCUCUAUUCAGUUAUGGAAUUCCCCCAGAAGGUGAAACUGAAAUAAGUGCUGAUGAUACUGAUGUCAAUCUUAUUCCUCAGUUGGUAGAGAAGCUUGCAAUACCCAUUCUUCAGAACCAGUUAGCUAAUUGCUGGGAUAUGCUUAGCACCAGUGAAACAGUGUGUGCUGUCUCUGCCAUGCGAUUGGUGUUGAGAUAUGGCCCUUUUUCUGGCUCAGCCCUCAGCAAUCUGAUUGCUGUGCUUCGUGAUCGUCUAGCUGAUGCUGUGGCUAAUUUGAAGGUCCCAACUUGGGACACCCUUGUUAUGAGGGCUGUACCUGAUGCAGCACGAGUUGCUGCUUAUAGGUUUGGCAUGUCUAUUCGUUUGAUCAGGAACAUAUGCUUGUUCCAUGAGAUUUUUGCCAUGCCCGUCCUGGAAGAGCUGGUUCUUGAUCAACUCUUAAGUGGAAAGAUUCUUCCUCAUCUUCGAAGCAUUCAGUCAAACAUUCAUGAUGCUGUAACAAGAACUGAAAGAGUUGUCACUUCACUACACGGUGUCUGGGCUGGCCCCAAAGCCACAGGAGAUUGCAGUCCAAAGCUACGACCAUUGGUGGAUUACUUGCUCUCACUUGCCAGGGUGCUCGAAAAGAAGCACUCAUCAAGCAGUGGAGAGAUAGAUACAUCUAAAUUUGCUCGUCGAUUGAAGAAGAUGCUUGUAGAACUGAAUCAAUAUGACUAUGCCAGGGAUAUAUCAAGAACCUUCAACAUCAAGGAGGCCUUGUGAUCUUCUUUCGAUUUUCUUGGUCC